AUGGGAAGAAUUCCGGUGAGGUUUGAGAGGGUGGCCGAGGCCUUCAACGCUGACGUGGCACGUGUGAGGCUUUGUGAGAGCAGCGAAAGCGGGCACCCGCCGGAGGACAUGACUGAUUUGUCCGAUCUCGUGAAAUCGUUCAUGGAGAGAGAUGGCGAGGGAGAAGAUGCGGUUGGUGUUCAUUUCGAUGAAGGGGUUGAGGAUUUGGAGUGGUUUGAUUCUGAGAAGAGGGAGAUCUUGGAAAUGAUAUUCGGUGGUGGUGAUGAUGGGGAUCUCAAGCAAAUAAUUAGGAGAGAAGCUCAACUUGCAUUGGAGCAUGUUCGGGAAAACGAAAACGAAUCUCCGCAAUUCAAACGACAAUUGAUGUCUCAUCUGCGGGAGAGAGGUUUUGAUGCUGGGAUUUGCAAAUGCAAGUGGGAAAAAAAUAGAAGAUUUCCAGCUGGUGACUAUGAGUACAUCGACGUAAAUUUUGCAGGAAAUCGGUACAUUGUUGAAAUUUCCCUUGUUGCAGAAUUUGAAAUAGCUCGACCCAUAAAUCCUUAUUCUUCAUUACUUGAAGCUUUCCCCCUAAUAUUUGUUGGUAAAUUGGAAGAGCUGAAGCAGGUUGUGAGGCUAAUGUGCAGUGCUAUUAAGAGCUCUAUGAAAAGCAUAGAUAUGUAUAUACCUCCAUGGAGAAGAAUUGGGUACAUGCAAGCUAAGUGGUUUAGUUCCUAUAAAAGAAUAACUGAUGAGGUUGCAACUAAAAGGACAUCAUCCCCUUUUUCCAGUAGGAGGUCCAUUGGAUUUGAUGCGAGGCCAGUGAAAUCCUACAAUUGUAGGGAUGAUUACGGGAGUAAACCUGCAUUCAGAGUUUGCCUUUUGACCAGUGCAUUUUAUGACGGCCCUGGGAUGCUAUUAUAG